AUGCCGCUCAGGAAUGGCAAGGUGGUCGCCUUCUUUGGCCGCUCCGACAACGAUCGCCUCACGGCGCUCGGUAUAUACGUGCCGGUGAUGAAAGGCUCGCCGGUCAAUCUUAAGAGCGUCAUCGUCUACAUCACCGAUUCCAUCGAUGGGCGCAUCGAUGGCUUCUCCUUCACCUACGUCGACCUGACUGGCCAGUCCAUCCAUGUUGGCCCCUGGGGCACGAUCAAGGGAGAGAAGCAUACCUUUGACCUAAACCUGCAAGGCGAGUAUGUGAACAAGAUCACUGGCACUACUGCCGGCGACAACCGCAUGACCUCGCUCAAGUUCACCACCAACCAGCAGCGUGACUACGGCCCGUUCGGGAGCGAUAGGGGCAAUGCCUUUAGCAUGCCGCUGCCAGACGGCAAGCACAACGGCGCCGUAGUCGGCUUCUUCGGCCGCUCCGGGAAGAGCCACGUUGACCUCGGCGUCUACGUCGGCCUCGCGCCCAACGAGCCAUGA